AUGGCUGACUUCAUGAGCUCAUAUUGUGAACAGGAAGUCUCUAAGGCAGCUGUCCGCUUGGUGUCGCCCACAUCCUCUAAAUGUCAGAGGUCACGUAACCCGGGAUCAACACCACAACUCAACCGUAACGUUGCAGCGUCUCUCCUCUCGGCACACGGUGGCAGCAGCCUGGUGUGGAUCCGUCUCUCCUCGUCGCCAAGGGCCAACCGGAGCAGCACGCCCUGGUGUGUGUCCCCACCACAGAGGACCUCCAGCUGGUACGUGAGGAGCCGGGCUGCACAGGGCCCCAGGAGCCUCUACACACUGACCACUUCAAGAGCCGCGUCAAACGGCCACGCAAGAAGGACCACAACAAACCUGGAACCUCCUCCUCUUCCUCCGCCAAGCAGUCUGACCCUGCCUCAGUCCCUGGUGUCAACCCUGGUCCUGAUCCUAGCUCCUCCUCCAGCCUCACCAACCCCUCUUCCUCCUCUACCCUCAGCCCCUGGUGUCAACCCUGAUCCUAGCUCCUCCUCCAGCCUCACCAACCCUGAUCCUAGCUCCUCCUCCAGCCUCACCAACCCCUCUUCCUCCUGUACCUCAGCCCUGACUCUUGGUCUCUGGCCGGAGCCCCUUCCCAGCGUCACCUCCCACUGCUCCAGGGUGACUCUGGGCUGGGUGACCCAGGGGGACUUCUCCCUGUCGGCUGGCUGUGGAGAGGCUCUGGGGCUCCUCAGCCUUACUGGUCUCCUACACACCCUGCUCAGACAGCCUGACGGCCAGAGAGGACUAGUGCUGCUACGGAACCCCGGGUCACUGCAAUACCGUUUCGCUAAGAUCAACAUAGAGAUCUGA